AACAUCACCAAAUAAAACCGAAACAUUAAAAACGACAUUAACUAAAUUAACCAGGACUUCUACCAAUCUCACAAGAAGCAGAAACAAUUAGCGACAUUGCAGAAAGAUUUUAAAAAUCUUUGCUGAGUAAGCUGGCAGAUCACAGACGCAAGUUUAUGAAGAAUUGUAAAUAGACUGAACUCUAUGCAGCCUCCCUUUCAGGAGGCUGCGUGCUGCGCGCCUGAUGAUGAGCUAACCUUUCUGGAGAGCUCGGAGCCUCACAUGCUACUGCAGAUUACUAUACCUCAUGAAAGAUCAAUGCUACCGCCCUGAAAGAUUUGCAGUGCCGGGGGAGGGUCGACUGAGAGAGCCUGGGACCCGGCUGGCAAUUUGCAGAAUUAAUUUAAACAUUUAAGACUCGGUUUUUGUGCAAUUGGCAAAGCUGAUAACAUUGUCUGGAAAUGAAUUAUCUCCCGUACUGACAGUCGUAUUCAGGAUACGAGUCAGAAUUGUGUUACAAACUUCCUCAGCUCUGAGAGUUUGAGAGUCUGUCAUCGGCGUAUAUCCAAUGCAUCCUUGAGCAGUGUACUUACUUUUACAAACGGAGCUUAACACCGAUAAAUGCUAACCAAAGCCUGGGAAAGCCGGCUUAUUUGGACCUGGUGUCAAUAGUUAACCCUCAACUACUGCGGCGAACAUAGAACUGAAAGAACUGCUCGUAUGCUUUCUUCUGUUCUGCUACUGUCACUUUCACAAGCAACAAACCAGCAUUCGAAAGACGUCAGUAUAUGAGGAGCUAGAGGUUCCGGAAUCUCCUGGAUGUGGUUCCUGUAGUGUAUCCGCAGUGUGAUCCUGCUGGAUCUCAUUGUGGAGCUGGCUUUUCUGAUCCCCGUCCCAUCCUCAUCUCCAAAGGUCUCCAGACCCCUCCUCCGACCCAACAAUUCCACCCCACAAGAUGGGCUCCUUCCGACGGCCACGCCCUCGCUUCAUGAGCUCCCCGGUUCUCAGCGACCUCCCUCGAUUCCAUGCUACCCGCCAGGCCUUGCAGCUUAGCGACAGCACAGCAUGGAACAGUGUGCAGACUGCGGUGAUCAAGGUGUUCCAAGGAGGAGGCUUGCAGACCAGUGAGCUGUACACCCUGAAUGAGAGCAUCAGGAGACUGCUGAAGACCGAAUUGGGCUCCUUUAUCUCUGAUUAUUUCCAGAACCAGCUCCUCAGCAAAGGGUUGGUGCACAUCGCAGAGAAGAUCCAGCUGUACCAGGGUGACAGUCUGCUGCUGAUUCUAUCUGAGACGUGGGACCGAUUCUUCACCGAGAUCCUGCCAACAUUACAGGCAAUCUUUUACCCUGUCCAGGGUCAGGAGCUCACGAUCAGACAGAUGGCCCUGUUGGGUUUCCGGGACCUGGUCCUGCUGAAGCUGCCGCUGGACGAGCUGCUGCCCUGCAUUCAAGAGCAGGCCCUCCCUCCCAUUACACAGAUGUUGCUCAUCCUUCAGGGGAUCCAUGACCCCAGCGGUCCCUGUGAGGAGUACUACCAGCUGGAGAGGCUGGUGGAAUGUGUCGUGUCUCCGUAUCUGGGGAGCUGCCUGGACAGGAGAGGAACAUCUUGCCUGCUGGAGGGCCAGAUGUCCAAGUCUCAUCAGAAGGUGGUGGGUCUGAUACAUUAUGGGCCUGAGAUCGUGAUUACUCAGCAUGCCCCAGAUUCUCUGGCACCCCUGGUGGAGCUGGAAGGAGAGGCGUAUCUGGAGAAGCUGGGUGGGGUCCGGAGGCACACCAUCGCCAACGCGCACUCCAACCUCCAGCUCCUUGCUGUCGCCUCCAUGAUGCAUUCUGGAAUGGUGGAGGAGGACAGUCUGACAAAGCGACACUGUCAGCGAGCCCCACAUCACUGAGACCCAGGAGGGACUGGUCAUGAUCUCAAUGCAGGGCUCCCCUGAACUGACCUGCCAGCACCUAUCUAGAACCUCCCCAGUGCCACUGCUGUCCGCACAGCGCACCAAGUGACAGGACCAGGUCGGCCCAAACCUUGGUAGGGAAGCUGUGCCUACAUGGAAUGGUUCAGACCCGGGUUCAUCUACAGGAGAGUUAGUGAGGUGGAGGGUCAGGACCACCUCUAAUGAUCCCCUCUCCCCUUGCUAACUGCAGGGUCAGUACAGGCUCUCAUUCUAUAAAGAGACCUUCAGCUGAGCUGGAGAUCUGCGACUGAAAGUGUGAUGCUUCUUCAUGAAAGAAACGUGCAGCUAGGAGGUGGGGUUUGGAACAGACCACACAAAGAGGGAUGUUACGAGAACAAGGAUAAAUAUAAGUGCAGGUCCUCUAACUAACACCUUGAAUACUGCAACCCUGCAGUUCUGACAUGUCUGACUUGAUCACACAAGGUAGAGGCCAAUUGUUAUAAAUAAGAAAUAUAAGAAACUAGCAAGAAACAAGUUGUGUUGGGUCUGGCUAGUUUUAUACCAUUAUAAUGAUGGUAUUCCUCUGAUUAUUUGCCUUUGCUUAAUUGUACAAGAGGUGAAACCUGAACCCGUCAUUAAGAGCACUAUAAUAUAGAGGCUGGCAAAGAUUCUCUCAAAGAUCUUUGGAUGUGUUCAGUAGUUGGAAAGAAGAAUUAUUUCUGAAUAGUUGUUUUUAAGAGGGGUCCCUUUUGGAAAAUGAAAUAUCUCGACUCAUUCAUCCUGUGAUGAUAGUGACUGGUCAGCAGCAGAUGGAAGGAAGCACUCAAAUUAACCUCCACUGCCUUCGAUACAGCACACUGGCCCUGCUGUCUGUGAUGUUGAUCUGUGAGUUUACCAACUCUUCUGCGGUCUCCUGCUUCCCUCAGAGGAAGGAAGCAGACUACUCCGGCAUCUGAUUAACAAGGCUGCUGUCCCCUGCCUGCUACCAACAGCUACCCCAGUCCUCUCCCCACCUCCCUCCUCCCUCCUGCCUGCCUCCUCCAGACUCCUGCGUAGGACUUCAAUCAGACAAAACCACCCUCCUCCAGACACCUGGGUAGGACUUCAAUCAGACACAACUUUCCUCCUCCCUCCUCCAGAAUCCUGGGUAGGACUUCAAUCAGACACAACCUCCCUCCUCCCGACUCCUGGGUAGGACUUCAAUCAGACACAUCAAAGACUUUAACACUGGUGUGUCUGAAAGUUUCCCAACAUUAUGACAGCAGUUUUUUCCCCAGCACAACGGUUGUCCUGUUUCAGGAUUCCCAAUAAACUGUGUGAAGCAGUGUCUGUCUCAUGUCUACCACACUGUCGUGUGUAUUGGGAACCUGUAAUUGGUAAGGUUGGAAGUUAGUUUUUAGUAUAUUUAUUUAAAAAUAAAUAAUGCAUUUUGCUUAGACACUGUUCAACUGCAACCUGUGCAGAAUGAACCAGCAGUAAAUAGUAAAAUUAAGAACAAAUACAUUAAAUGAAACUCCCUCAGAAGAAAAAAAAAUCUAGAUUCGUAUAGAAAAAGUUAUAUUUUUCUAUCUUUCUAGAGAUCUGGAAAACUGGUGAUUAAAGUCGAUAGAUUCUAUAAGAUUUUUUUUUUUUUUUUAUGCUAAAUAAACACUUGAACUAAUAAAAUGAGAUUCAUAUACAUAUUCCUUUCCCAGGACUGCCGCUGCACACACUGGGAAAUAUUUAAACUCUGAUUGUGUUUUUUUUCUUAUUAUUGUUUUAAGAAAAAAAUGUUUAACAUUUUUUUUUAUUAUUAUUAUUCUGAAAUCCAAAGCAUGUUUUUACAUUAUCCUUUCCAAAUCAAAUAAGAGGGGUUCUGCUGAGCAGGAAUGCCUCCAUCUGGGUAUUGAUUAUCAUGACACAACCUGCCCUGUGGUUUAACUCCCAUGACUGCCCUUGCAGUUACCUCAGCACACCUUCUGCUUGGUUGGAU